GUCGGAGACAAGGAGAGGCCACACUGCCAAGACUAAAGAUGGUGGCUUCAGAGUCGCUGCUCUCACAUACAGCGACGUAAGCAGCGCGCUCCCUACCACAGCGGGGUUCGGUCACGGCCAGUUGUUUCCUUUAUACGUCAUCUGGUGCGCGGCCCCUGUAAGGGAAGGAAGAUGGCGGCCUUCGGUAUACUCAGCUACGAACACCGGCCGCUAAAAAGACCACGACUCGGCCCGCCAGACGUAUACCCGCAGGACGCCAAGCAGAAGGAGGACGAGCUAACUGCUCUUAACGUAAAACAAGGAUUCAAUAACCAGCCAGCUGUAUCAGGAGAUGAACAUGGCAGUGCUAAGAAUGUCAAUUUUAACCCAGCCAAGAUCAGCUCAAACUUCAGUAAUAUCAUGGCAGAAAAGCUGCGAUGUAAUACUCUGCCAGACACUGGUCGCAGGAAGCCACAAGUUAACCAGAAGGACAACUUUUGGUUGGUAACCGCUCGCUCCCAGAGCUCCAUAAAUAACUGGUUCACAGAUCUUGCUGGAACCAAACCUCUCACAUAUCUUGCUAAGAAGGUUCCCAUUUUUGGCAAGAAAGAGGAGGUAUUUGGUUUCCUGGCUCGUUAUUCUGUGCCAGUCAUGCGGGCGGCUUGGCUCAUAAAGAUGACUUGUGCCUAUUAUGCGGCCAUUACGGAAACCAAAGUGAAGAAAAGGCAUGUCAUGGAUCCCUUCAUAGAGUGGACACAGAUCAUAACUCGCUACUUAUGGGAGCAGCUGCAGAAGAUUGCAGAGUAUUACCGGCAGGUGACUGGAGGUUGCGGGCCCUCUCCUGGACCUGUGCCGCCAGAGGUGGAGCUUGCACUGAAACAGUGGGAGUAUAAUGAGAAAUUAGCCAUGUUUAUGUUCCAGGAUGGAAUGCUAGACCGUCACGAGUUCCUUACUUGGGUUCUGGAAUGUUUUGAAAAGAUCCGACCUGGGGAAGAUGAACUAUUGAAACUGCUGCUUCCUCUCUUACUGCGUUAUUCAGGUUCUUUAGUACAGUCUGCUUAUCUGUCACGUCGUCUGGCAUAUUUCUGCACAAGGCGUUUAGCACAGCUGUUGGAAAGUAGUGGGAGUCAUACAGGACACCUCCUUACAGCUCAGACGGGUGCAGCUCUGCCUCCAGCACCUGCCCCUCCUCCACCUUCAGGAUCAUCCCCAUCUUCCCCCUUCAGUGACCUUCUACAAUGUCCUCAACAUCGUCCUCUUGUGUUUGGGUUAAGCUGUAUGCUGCAGAGCAUCGUCCUCUGCUGUCCCAGUGCUCUUGUAUGGCAUUACUCUUUGACUGAUAACCGAAUUAAGACUGGGUCACCCUUAGAUCAUCUUCCUAUUGCUCCCUCUAGUCUCCCUAUGCCAGGGGGCAAUUCUACGUUCACUCAGCAGGUGCGUAGGAAACUGCGGGAAAUGGAGCAGCAGAUAAAGGAGCGGGGUCGCGCUGUAGAGGUCCGAUGGUCAUUUGAUAAGUGCCAGGAAGCCACAGCAGGAUUUCCUAUUGGACGAGUUCUUCAUACCCUGGAGGUUCUAGAUAGCCACAGUUUUGAGAAAUCUGACUUUAGUAACAACUUAGACUCUCUGUACAACCGCAUCUUUGGACUUGGUCUUGGCAAGGAUGGUCAUGAGAUAUCUCCAGACGAUGAUGCUGUAGUUGCACUUCUUUGUGAGUGGGCUGUCAGUUGUAAACGCUAUGGACACCAUCGCGCAUUAGUUGUUGCUAAAUUACUAGAGAAGAGGCAAAUGGAGAUUGAAGCUGAGAGAUGUGGGGAUUCUGAGGCAGUUGAUGAAAAGGGAUCUGUAUCUUCAGGGUCCUUGUCUGCACUUAGUUCCCCCCCUGUUUUCCAAGAUGUUCUGCUCCAGUUUCUUGAUACACAGGCUCCAGUAUUAACUGACCCGGCAAAUGAAGGAGAACGUGUGGAGUUCUAUAAUCUGGUGCUGCUAUUUUGUGAGUUGAUCCGGCAUGAUGUGUUCUCACACAACAUGUAUAUGUGUACUCUGAUCUCAAGAGGUGACUUAGGACUGGAUGCUCACGCACCGCGACCCCGUUCCCCGUAUGAGGACCCAUCAGAUGACACUGACCGCAAGGAGGGAGAGGCCAGUAAUAGUACGAAGUUAGAAGACACUGCACUUUCAGAAACAAUGGAUCUGGACCACAGUUCAGGGGCUCUAUUUGAUGACAUGGAGAAGAGCGAAUUUCCGAUGUUUUCACCUGCAAUGCGCUGUGAGGGGCGGAGCCCAGGUCCGGAUGAGGGGGAUUGUGAAGGUCGUCGCCCAAUAAAAGCUCAGAAUGGGGAUGGGCUUCUGGCUUCCCUGUAUGAUCAGCCCCGUCACAUCCAAUAUGCCACUCACUUCCCCAUCCCACAGGAGGAGUCAUGUAGUCAUGAGUGCAACCAGCGACUAGUUGUUCUAUUUGGAGUGGGUAGACAAAGAGAUGAUGCUCGUCAUAUAAUCAAGAAGAUCACUAGAGACAUCCUUAAGGUGCUGAACCGGAAGAGUACAGCUGAGACAGGGUCAAAUGAAGGACAGCGCAGACGCAGGGUAAAACCUGAAGCUUUUCCUACAGCAGAAGAAAUCUUCUGCCGAUUUCAGCAGCUCUCACAUUUCGACCAACACCAAGUUACAGCACAGGUUUCUCGAAAUGUUUUAGAACAGAUUACAAGUUUUGCACUGGGUUUGUCUUACCACCUUCCUUUGGUACAGCAUGUCCAGUUCAUCUUUGAUCUGAUGGAAUAUUCUCUUAAUAUCAGUGGUCUCAUUGAUUUUGCCAUUCAGUUGCUAAAUGAGCUGAGUGUUGUUGAAGCAGAACUCCUGCUAAAAUCCUCCAACCUGGUUGGUAGUUACACAAUGGGCCUGUGUUUGUGCAUCGUGGCUGUCUUGCGACAUUAUAACACCUGCCUUAUUCUCAACCAGGAGCAGACGGCGCAGGUCUUUGAGGGUUUGUGUGGAGUGGUGAAGCACGGAAUGAAUCGAUCAGAUGGAUCCUCUGCUGAGCGUUGUAUUCUUGCAUACUUAUAUGACUUGUACAUGUCUUGUAGUCACCUCAAGAGCAAAUAUGGAGAAUUGUUUAGCGAUUUCUGCUCCAAGGUGAAGAACACAAUAUAUUGUAUUGUGGAUCCAUCUGACUCGAACAUGUUGUGGGAACAGGAGUUUAUGUUGGACACCAUCAUUAAUCCAUCUGCUCACAGUUACAACUGCGGCAUGCUGGGAAAACUUUUAAGAGAUUCUCCUACUAACCGUUACAGCUUUGUGUGCAAUGCUCUUGUGCAUGUGUGUGUCGGAGACCACGAUACUGAUAGAGUGAAUGACAUUGCAAUCCUCUGUGCCGAGUUGACUGGAUCUUGCAAAGAUCUCAGCUCUGAAUGGCUUGGAGUCUUAAAAGCUCUUUGCUGCUCAUCCAAUAAUGGCACCUGUGGCUUCAAUGACUUGCUGUGCAAUGUAGAUGUAAGUGAUCUGUCUUUCCAUGAUUCUCUUGCUACAUUUGUAGCAAUCCUGGUUGCUCGCCAAUGUUUUCCACUUGAGGAUCUAAUACGUUGCGCGGCCAUCCCUUCCCUGCUUACUGCUGCAUGCAGUGAGCAGGAUUCAGAGUCUGGAGCACGUCUCACAUGCCGUAUUUUGCUUCAUCUGUUCAAGACGCCACAACUGAAUCCAUAUGAACCAGAUGGCAGUAAGGCAACGUUUGGCAUUCGCUCUUCCUGUGAUCGCCACCUUCUAGCAGCUUCUCAGAAUCGUAUUGUACCUGGAGCACUUUUUGCUGUUCUCAAGGCGAUCUUUAUGCUGGGUGAUGCAGAGUUGCAAGGUUCUGGCUUCUCACUGCCUGCAGGCACUGAAGACAUCACAGAGGAAGAUUUGGCGACAAACAAGGCAGGAGGCCGAUCUGUAUCCAUAGAGACUGCCAGCUUGGAUGUGUACGCCAAAUAUGUUCUACGCAGCAUCUGCCAACAGGAGUGGGUGGGAGAGAGAUGUGUUCGCUCCCUUUGUGAAGACUCCAUUGAUCUUCAGGAUCCAGUUCUGAGUAGCGCUCAGGCUCAGCGCCUCAUGCAACUAAUCUGUUACCCACACAGAUUAAGUGACGCAGAACAAGGGGAAAACCCUCAGAGGCAGCGGAUCAAAUACAUCUUGCAGAGCCUGGAUCAGUGGACGAUGCGUCAGUCAGCACUGGAACUGCAACUGAUGAUCAAACAGACCACCAGUAAUGAAAUGAACUCCCUGCUGGAAAACAUUGCCAAGGCUACAAUUGAAGUGUUUCAACAAUCUGCAGAAAAUGUCAGUACAGCACCUGCUACCAAUGCUCCUAGCAAUGCCCCAACAAGCAAUACAACCCCUAAUGCAAAAUCCAAGCCAGUGCUCAGUGCUCUAGAGCGGUCUGGUGUUUGGCUUGUGGCUCCUUUAAUUGCUAAACUCCCAACAUCUGUGCAAGGCCACGUGCUCAAGGCAGCUGGGGAGGAGCUGGAAAAGGGGCAGCACCUAGGAUCCUCUUCUCGCAAGGAACGUGACCGUCAGAAACAGAAGAGUAUGUCUCUUCUCAGUCAGCAGCCAUUUUUAUCCUUAGUGCUGACCUGCCUAAAGGGACAGGAUGAGCAGAGAGAGGGACUGCUGACUUCUCUAUACAGUCAAGUCCAGCAAAUUGUUAGUAACUGGCGGGAAGACCAGUAUCAGGAUGACUGUAAAACGCCUCAGCUGCUGCAUGAUGUGCUGAAACUUAGGCUUAACUUGGUGGGCGGAAUGUUUGACACUGUUCAGCGCAGCACGCAGCAGACCACAGAGUGGGCAGUACUUCUCCUGGAUAUAAUAAGCAGUGGCACUGUGGACAUGCAAUCUAAUAACGAGCUCUUCACCACAGUUUUAGACAUGCUGAGUGUGCUGAUCAAUGGAACACUGGCAGCAGAUAUGUCCAGUAUAUCUCAAGGCAGCAUGGAGGAAAACAAAAGGGCAUACAUGAACUUGGUGAAAAAACUACGGAAGGAGUUAGGUGACCGUCAGUCAGAGAGUUUGGAGAAAGUGCGCCAGUUACUGCCUUUACCGAAGCAGACACGGGAUGUAAUAACAUGUGAACCUCAGGGAUCGCUUAUUGAUACCAAAGGAAACAAGAUUGCUGGCUUUGACUCUAUCUUCAAGAAGGAGGGGCUGCAAGUCUCCAUUAAGCAGAAAAUUUCCCCCUGGGAUCUAUUUGAAGGUCUGAAACAGUCGGCCCCACUUUCCUGGGGUUGGUUUGGGACAGUUCGUGUAGACAGACGUGUGUCUCGUUUGGAGGAGCAGCAACGAUUACUACUGUACCACACACACUUGAAACCUAAGCCACGUACUUACUAUCUGGAACCUCUAUGUCUUCCACCAGAAGAUGAGGAGCCUCCUACUCCCACAAGCAGUGAGCCGGAUAAAAAGCCAGCUGAGCCACUCAAGGUGGAUAAGAGUAGCGGAGGUUGCACAGGUGCUGGUGAGGAUCGGAAAAAGCAAAGCAAGAAAAACAAGAAGAGCCGGCAGUCGGCAAACAAGGUGGAGCAGGAUUAUGGACUUGGAGGACGUGCUAUGUCUUAUCAAAUGGGGGUUCCCACUGACCUUCUACACCCACAAGGAACUGGGUCAGUGUCUCGUCUGCCUUACGGUGCGCCUAGUGUGUACACUCAAAACCAACCACUGCCUCCUGGUGGCCCACGUCUGGAGCCAUACCGACCAACUCGGAUGAAUAUGGUGAAGGUGGUUCAGACUCGGCCUCCAUAUGGUGGUGGUGUACCACCAGGAGUCGGAGGGAUGAUGGAUCCUUACAAACCCAUGAUGUAUAGACAGCAACCUCCUAUUCCGCAAGGGCAACUAUUAAGGCAGCAUCUGCAGGCCAAGCUGCAGGGUCAGGGUAUGAUGGCUCAGCAAGUCAGACCGAUGACUCCAACUCCUUCAUAUGGCUCUAUGCAACCCUCCCAGGGUUAUACAACAUACACCUCCCAUGUACCCAUGCAGCAGCAUCCUCCGCCAUCACAGACUGGUACUUUGGUACCACCUGCAUACAGUACUCAGUCCUAUGCUGGUUCUCUUCCACCUUCGGGGGGUGCCCUCCAUGACCCUGUGCGUCCGAUGCAGCAAAGGCCAAGUGGCUAUGUCCAUCAGCAGGCAUCUGGAUACAGUCACAAUCCCCAAACUGGCCAGAGAUUCCCACACCAACAAAUGCCACAGGCUGGCAUGAUGGCAGGAAUGGGUCAUAUGACUGCACAAACAGUACAGGGUAGCAUUCGACCCACUCAGAUGUUACCAGAACAGCAACAGCAGCAGUAUCUUAGGCAGCAACAGAUGUUAAGGCAGCAGCAGCAGCAGCAGCAGCAGCAGCAACAACAACAACAACAGCAGCAGCAGCAACAACAACAACAACAACCUCAAGCGCCUCCACAACCCCAAGCACCUCCUCAGCCACAGCAACCACCCCAGCAAGUAGCAGCAGUACAACAAACCCAGACACAAGGACAGCCCCCUGGACUUGGAAUGCAGUCAUUGCCCCCUCAGCAACAUAUGUUUCAAAGACAUGGUGUGCAGCAAACUCAGCAGCAGCAACAGACCGCAGCUCUAGUACGGCAACUACAGCAGCAAUUAUCCAGUGAGUAUUGCGACACACAACCACAGCAAGCUCCCAAUCCAUUUGGGCGUUUCUGAUUUAUGGAUGGACCCUAUGGGUGGAAGCUCUGGGUGGCGCCCUUCUGUGAUAUAAGACAGGACUGAGUACUUGAACGAAACAGGAACAGUGUUAUUGAAGAUCCUGUGAAAAUGCAAGGCAAGAUCCAGGUGUUGCGGCACACGAAAGCAGAAACCGUAGACUUUGGUGACUUAAAGGACUGUAAUCUAAGCGGGAGCCGAAUGUCACUUGUCUCCCCACAAAAUUUGGAGCAAGGGCUUUUGUGUCUUGUGGACCUUUUACCUUUAAACAAAAAAAGAAAAAAGUUUUUAUUAUUUUGAUAACCAAAUGAUUAAAUUGUCAUUUUCUAACCUAUUUAUAUGGAACCUGAUCUCAGGCACUUGUAUGGACACAGCUGCAGACAGUUUCUUGGCAUGUUCCCAGUGUAAGAAGCUCCUAAAUAGACCGAAAUACACAGCCGCAUUCAGUGUGCAGAUAUAACUUUCUCCAGCAGGUGGUGUAUGUUUGUCACUUGGGUCUUUGAAAUGAUAGCUGCAGUAUGGAAGCUCAUUGCUCAGUACUUUUUCUUACUGUGUGAGUUCAUAUGCCACUGGGAUUUUUUGUGGAUGUGUCCCUUCUCUUCACUGACAUUACUAUAAUGCAUUCUUACAGAUGGCUGUGACUGUCUUUUACAACACAAAUCAAACGUUCCCCUACAAUAAUUGUACUCCUUUUUAAAAAAGAAUUCUGCUGCACUGAGCAUUCUAGAACAUGGAAAUGGAUCCAGAUUCGAUGUUUCUUAACCAGAUGUAAUUUUCGAUGAACUGCAGCUUAAAGAAGAUCACAUGCCAAUAAAAUGCCAUUAGCUACCGCUCAAAAUAUUUAUUUUUCUCAAGGUUAGGUGGGAACGGCUAUAAGACCUGAUCCUGACAUUUCUAUAAGUGUAGUUUGACCUUUGACACUCUUUUUUGAUAGACUCUCCCACAUAUAUGAGCAUUAGCUGCCUGAGCAUAGACCUGUGAGCUGUUAGUUCAUUCAACCAUUAAUAUCUAUGUGCGCAUACUGUAUAAGAAAUAUCCCAAAAUGUGCUUCCUAAACAUGUCACUGCAGAAACCAAACACAGAUUGUAGCUUCUCAUCUUACAGCAAUGCAGCCUUAUAACUCUGCAGUAAGUGGCCAUAGAUCUUGUAGAUAUCAUUUACACUGGGAAAAAAAAAGUUAUCUUCCUCCUCCCUAUGACUCCCCUGCGGGAAGGUGAUCGCAGAGCCUUCUGGCGUUUCUUACAUUAAUGUUGGAUUGUGGCAGAUCAUUGGCUUGCUUGUUGGUGGAACUCAGACUCCUGGAAGAAAUCCUGUUCUGUAGACAUUACUUCCAUAUAGUGUCCAUUUACUGUAUACUUCUACUAUGUUUCAUGGAAGGCCAAAACUAGAGAAGAUAAUCAAGAACCCUACAGACUGGCUGCAAUUGUUCCUUAGAACAAACCCUAUAGUUAAUUUCUGCCACGCGAGCUCCUUCUUGCAGCACUGCACUUCUGAAAUCCCAAAAGAGCUGGAAGACUUUUGACAGUGGUGAGUGGUCUAGGGUCUGGAAUAAGUUGAGCUCCUUGUUUGACCCCUGGGUGUACUUGCCAUCAUCAAUCCUUUUGUCUUGUAUUUGAGCUGAAUACCAUAAUCACAUUUUGUCCACUGUAAUUUUAGUCAUUCGCUAUAAACAAGCUUCUGUGGAUUUCAAACUUGCAUAUCUCCUUGUAUCAUAUGGAAAAAUCAUCAGCGUUUCAA